AUGCUUUUGCCUCCCAAGUCGUACUUCACGAUCCAGACCGAUACCCAAGAGACGAUAAUGCGUGCAGGGACACCUAGCAGGCACUUCGCAGGCACCUCGCACGGAGGUGGGGAAUGCGAGGCUCUCCGGCUUCUGCUUGGCUGGCCAUGCGAGAAGUAUAUGAUCAUGCAGGAGGUGCGGGUUGGCCUGGUUGGUCUAGAUGGGGGGAGGGCUGCAGGUUUGGUCUGGACUUCAAUGUAG